AUGAUGUCGACUCCAUCGUCGCUACUGUCUCGCAUGAAGGUUCGUUGGGCCAAUUGGCAACAUCAGCACGUCCGUUAUGAAUACCCCGAGGCACAUCGUACUAGUACCGGCACACCCAAAAGUAGUCGGGGCAACAACAACAACUCAAGCAGCAACAACAACAAUAGCAGUAGCGAAGCAAGAGUACUAGAUCCCGAAGAACUCUUGCCGCUAAAGUUGCACGAUCAUCCUCUCCAUCAAACGACGUAUUCGAGUUUGAACAAUCAUGUCAAGAACGUGUCAAAAUUUGUCUUUUGGACGACUGUGCAUGCCGGAGCCAUGUAUCUGUUUUGGGUACACAUCAAACCCAGACUCGUACACUACUGGAGAGAAAUCGAAUACGGCAGUGAGGACAAUGAUGACGACGAAAAUGACAACACAACCACCACAACACAUAAAUCAUGGCGGAAACGAUUUUCCUUCUGCAAGAAACGGCUCUGUUGUUGCUGCGAGGAAAUGGUUUCCGAACGAGACAAUUUUUGUCCCCAUUGUGGAGCCGCCACUUGUCCCGUAUGUGUCUACUGUGGCGCCGCCAUUCAAAACGAUGACAAUUUCUGUAAAGCAUGUGGACAACCCGUACCCAAUCAAGUCAUUCUGGAUGGAGCACAACAACUUACCAGUAGUAGUAGACGAUCCAGUACCGCAUCCACUGCUACUGCUGCUAGUACUAGUAAUAGAGGAGCAUCCAUCAGCUACACACCCAAUCCCAACAUGUCGCCACUCCAAAAUAGAACCGUCAUGCAACCGCCGCCAGCACAACCACAACCACAACAACAACCACAAGAGUAUCUGAUGCAACAUCAGAGAUCCUCACUGUCCUCCACAGCUGCUGCUGCGACCACGUCGUCGUUUGCGGCGGCCUCCCCACCUUUUGUGGGCGGUACCAAUACAACAUCACCCAAACAAGAUUCUUGGAUCCCUCCCAUGGCGCAAGCGGAAUCCGUACCCAUUGUACAGGCCGAAACUGCCUCCGUUCCAUUGGUACCGGCCAUGUACGUCGAAGAAGUCACGGCCGUCGUGGCUACUACAACCAAUGGAGGAAUUAUGGAUCAUUUACAACAAUCACCACCACAAGUGGUACUCGAGUCGGCACAAGCACAACCGGUCCUUGUCGAACAGCAAAUUGACGCUCAUUCGCAUUCCCAUACCGAACAUCAAGUAGACGAUCAACAACAACAACAGCAACAGCAACAACAACAACAACAACAACAAGUACAACAACAACAAGUACAAGAAGAAAUAAUAGUGGAUAUUAUGCAAGACGACACCAAAGGAGAACCCAGUGUCGUUAUGCAAGGAGUAGCACGGGCACAACAACAACAACAACAACAACAACAAGUCGAGGAGGAUGAUGACCAAAUAGCAACAGAACAAGAAGAAGCCGUCUAUCAAAUGUACGAAGCUCGAGGUCUGGUGCCAUAUGGCAGACUGGUGACGCGAUUUGGUCAUUUGGAAGAUCUCAAGACGGAAUUGUUGUCACGGGGAUGUACCGAACAAUCCAUUGACAAUUGGACGUUUGCCGAACGCAAAGACAAACUGCGACAACUCGAACUGGAACGAUUGGCGGAUACAUCAUCCGCCGAUGAUGCCCAACGAAAGUUUGCCGCCAAGGCAUUUUGUCCACAAUCCACGGCACGGUUUCGAAGAAAUAAUGAAGGGAGGAGCAAAUAA